AUUUGCCCUAUUCUGGGCCUUAUGGCCAGCUCCUGCCCUAUCCCUACACCGGGCCGGCGACCCCCAGAGACUCCUACCUGCCCUGCCAGCUACCCACGGCGCCGUCUCAGCUGUCUCAUCAAGAGCGGAGGCCAGUUUCCUCCAAGGAUGCACAUCCACUGGGUGACUUAGCUGGAAGUCAGCCCAGGACCAAGAUGGCUCCCUCCCUUCUCUUGUUGCUGUGCUGAGACACACGAGCUCAUAAACAUCAGAGCCAGAAGUGACUUUGGAGAUUUAGGAGCUCAACCUUCUCGAUGCACAGAUGGACAAACUGAGGUCCAAAGAAAAAGUAUGCACGGGUCAAAGUCAGCCUGUUUUCCAGGCUUGGCCCUUGCAAAUUGGCUUUCACUGCAUGAAGCCAGAAAAGAGGAUUGUAGGGAACUUCCUCAAAUCCCCCCAAAGUGAACUACCUUCUUUGCUAGAACUGGGGCUGCCUCUUUCCUGCUGCUGGGUCUAUGGUUGGGAGAGUAGCACUUGGGGGUGGGGGGGUUACUCUACAAAUGAUCUAGUUUCUCAAAAACGAAUCCCUUGGCCUCUUCAGUAUAUGUUAAUGUGGUACAUUUGUGUGUUGCGCGUGUGUCUGUUUAGUGGGAAGGGAAUAAGAUAUCUUUGUCCUUAAGAGAAUUCUUGGAAUUGGGGUUGGUAUUUUCAAUUCUGUCUUCUACACUUUUGCCUUCCCUUUUCCUGGUUUAAGGACAAGAGUGUGGAGUGUUCCCUUUCUUUCCAAAAUUUCCCCGGAUCCAACGAAAACCACAUAUGUCCUUAGACUAGAUUAUGACAUUUAUCUACUGAAACUGGGAGAUUGGGCUUACUCUAGAUUAAAUGAUUGGGGUGGGAGAGAGGGCUUGGCGGUGUUCCUUCUGCCUCCACUCCUGUCCACCCCCUGCCUCAGGGAGAGGUUUGGCUCCAAGUGAGCUGUGUGCCACCACCCAGAUGAGCAGGCAGGUGCCAUCCUGGCUCAAGGGAGGCCUUUGGGCUGCUGAAUCUCGACCUGGGCAGAUCUAGUCGUGACUUGCUGCAACUGCUGUGGGGAAAGCAACUGUCGGGAAAGGAACUGGAGGGGGAAGGGGGCGGAGGGGGGGGUCUACUGGGAGAGUUAGAGCCCGGAAGGCUUUGGGAGUUUAGUAGCUGGGGCUCGCUCUGCCUCAGGGUUCACAUUGUUCAGUCCACGCUGCGAGGAAGGCACGGGUGGUCGCUCGGCGGCCGACCCGGGGCGGGCGGCGAGCAGCGGGAUCUAAGCAGGGGAGGCCCGACAGGCGCGGGCGGGAGCGGAAACCCAACGGUUUUUCUGGGAAUUGGCUGAGGCGGGGGUCGAGGAGGGUGGAUCUGAGAAGCCAGCAGCGCCUGAGGCCACGGGUGAGGGAUGCGGGGGAGGUGAAGGCACGGGGUCACCGCGGCCUGUCGAGGGCGGGGAACCUGAAGUCUGGCGUGAGCCCGACCGGAGGAAGAAGACGGGGUUGGGGGUGGGAGACGCGGUCGGACCCCCGCUGCGUCUGGGCACCCGGGCCCAAAGCUCUGUUGGCGGAGGUCUGCCGGCAGCCCCGUGAGGAAUGCAACGAACCCUAAGCCCCCGGGCAUUUCGGCCGCUCCGUGCAUCCCAGCACUGCCCUCUACGCGAAUGGUCCCGAUGUCCCCGUAGAGUGGCACAGUUGGGGCCGCCCGGAUUUGGAAGAGCGGCACACCUCGCCCUCCUUCAUCUCUGGGCCGAGCUGCUACCCGACCGAGAUUCCUCGACAGGCUGGGCCGGGAGUCAGGAGGUGGCCAGAUCUCCCGCGGCGGCCCCGCAAGCGCGAUCCAGGAGCGGCCCAGAGGGCCUGCGCUGCCGGCUCUGUGCGCUCUCGGAAACCCGGUCAUCUUCCGUGCCAGCCGGGAACCCCUCUGUGGGUGCGGCCGGGCGGAGGAGGGGCUGCCCUGCACCACCGGGCUUCUAGGGGCCCUGAAAGGCGGCUCUUCUAGCCAGCCAGCCUCGGGGAAGGGAAGAGAUGGUCACUUUUCCUGGAGGGUGUGCCUCAGGAGAGGGAGGCCCUUACAAUAGGGGAGGGGAUGGCAAACCCGGGGGCACUUUCCAUAUUCUGAUUCUGGGUGGGGUGCUCGUCCUGGCGUUCUGGGCCCACUCUGCCGGGCCCCUUCGACCACCUCUCUUCCGGCAGCGGGGAGGCUGCCACGCAGACACUGUCUCGGGCCUCUGAACAAUGCUUUUGAGUUCCCUGCGCCCGGAAUGCCCUUCCCGCGUCCUAUCCAGGCCUCAGCCCAGCCCCUCGACCCAGCCCUUCUGCCCCGCCCCGCCCCAAGCUGGCGCCACCGCGCGCGGCUGAACUCUGCCCUCCCGCCGCGGGGAGCCGCCCCUACCCUCGCUCCGGCCCUUGGUGCUGUCCUCCUUAGAGUCACAGGACCGUUAAGAGUGGGAGCUCCCUGGGGGCAAGAACUGCGGCUAGUCCCACCUGGCACACAGUGGACGUGGGGUUUGAAAGGAGGGUGGAGAGGAAGGCAGAGAAGGGCCGAGCCCCGUGCCUGCGUUUUUGCUAAUCCGCCGCCGGAAUGCAGGCGAGAUGCAGAUGAGCCGUGAGAUGGCGCAUCUGCCCCUCUGCCUUGCACGCACCGUCCCCGGCCGCCCCCCAGACUCGGAGAAGCCGCCGCUGUCCCCGGAGCCCUCGGAGCGGCGCCCGCAGGCCUCGACCAAGAAGCUCAGGAAGCCGAGGACCAUCUACUCGAGUCUGCAGCUACAGCACCUGAACCAGCGUUUCCAGCACACGCAGUACCUGGCGCUGCCGGAGAGGGCCCAGCUGGCCGCGCAGCUCGGCCUUACCCAGACGCAGGUGGGGCCCGUCCCAUCCUUCCUGCACGCUAACCCUCCCCAGGUAAAGAUCUGGUUUCAGAACAAACGUUCCAAGUACAAGAAGCUUCUGAAGCAGAACUCUGGGAGACAGGAAGGGGACUUCCCUGGGAGGUCCCCCUCCCUAUCCCCCUGUUCCCCACCCCUUCCAUCCCUGUGGGAUCUACCCAAGGCAGGGGCCCUGCCCACCAGUGGCUAUGGCAACAACAUUGGAGCCUGGUAUCAGCAUCACUCUCCAGAUGUCCUGGCUCCACCUCAGAUGAUACCUGAGAUAAGAUCUACCGCCCCAUCUCGGAAAGCCUCCAAAGGCGAGAUUAAUUGGACAGCCCAACACGAGUCGCAUCGUUAAAACAACAGCCCAGGUUGUAAAGUUAAGUAGCAGAAGUGUAAUUAAGCUUCCAGCCAGAGGCCAGCUGAGCUGACAGCGCCCCCCUCUUUCCUGCACCCUUCCAUCCUCCCUUUCCACUGGAAACAGGAAUCCUUGUCCACUUGGGAGCUGGUCCAGUUUCCCUGGGCUCCUGACUACUGAUGGGACUGAACCCCGUGGAAGAGGUACCCCAUUCCCUUCCCACAGACCAUUGGAGCUGCUGUGGUUUCUUCCUGUAAGGACACCCCUCUGGGAAAGUUGGGUCAGUAAGGGAGAGGGGUAUUACCAAAUGGUUUAGAACUGGGGUGUUGGCCUCCAAAGAGUCCCACUCCGCUGUGUGACUUUUGGAAUGUUGCUUAACCUCUCUCAGCCUCCUUUUUCUCCCCCCCGAGAUGAGAACACUAAUAGGACCUGCUUCCCAGUGGUUGUGAUGAUGAAAUGAGCACUUGUAACGUGCUUGACGUGGUGCCUGGAACAUAAUAAGCACUUAAUAAAAUGGCAUUGAUAGCUGCUGUGUGAUUACCGAAGAGGAGGGGUUACAGCAAGCCUGAAUUCAUACUGCCGCCGCCCUCUAUUCACCCCCUGCCUCUGGCCCAUCUGCCUCCUCAUGGCAAGGAGGAGCAAAGGGGCUGGAGACUAGAGGACUCCACACAUCUCGGGGUACCACCUUUGAGAACAGGACACAGGCAAGGUCCUAAAUGCAGAAGUACUGGGAUCUAGAAGCAGCUGAGCCUGGAGCCCACUCUCACCUGUAUAGGUCUCAGCCACAGAAAAGCUGACUUGGGGCUGUCCUUCCCUCUCCCCACGUGCUAUUUUAAGACACGUCCCCCAUCUCGCCCCCAACAAAAUGAGAUUCAAUUAAUUCA